GACUUCUGUUUAAAUAGAGCUAUCACUGUUAGCCCACUGUCUACUCUGAUUUUGGAUUUGAUCUGGACGGACCCACCCUAUAAUCGCAUGAGAUUGCAGUGACUUCCUGGGACUAAAAUACACCGUGUGAGCCCAGUGGCAGAGAACGUACGGACAAGUCCGGAUACCCUAGAAUGAAGCCACGAAUUGCCGUGGUCCUUCUUGUGGCUUUCUUAGCUACCACGUCGGCGAAAAGUUCUCAUCGCAAUAAGAGAGCUUCUGAUUAUCCACUCUUUGAAGCUGCUCAUAGAUUUAGAAAUAUGGACUAUCAAAUUUUGGUACCUGAUUAUCAACUCGUUGAAGAUGGUCAUGGAUUUAGAAAUAUGGACUCUCGAGGUUCUCAUCGCAAUCAGAGAGCUUCUCUUGAAAUACCCCGUCCAGGAGGGGAAGUGGAAACUAGCAGCUGCGGCAAAAUCAAGGCUCCAAAAUAUGGAAACGUUAGGUGCGAGGAGUUUGGAUUUAAUCUGGAUUGCAAGGGGACUUGCAACUCCGGCUAUGGCUUCCCCGAUGGCCAGAUCGAGAUGACCUUGAGCUGUGGCAUAUUCACUGGGGAAUGGCUUGAUGGCAACAAGUUUGUGGACUGUGUCCCUAUCUGCAAAGAAAUAUGUUUGAAUGGAGGCACAUGUUCAGGCCCGAAUACCUGCUCCUGUCCCGAGGGCUUCAGGGGACCACGCUGCCAGUACCCAAUCGACGCAUGUAAGACACCGACGGCGCCAGUCAACGGUCGGAUCAUGUGCAGUGAGGAUGAGGAGGGGACCAUGUGCACAGUGGCAUGCCACCCGGGAUAUGAAUUCAUCUCUACCCCUGCUGCAGAGUACAAAUGUAACUUACUGGGCGAAUGGACGCCGACGGAUGAGGUCCCGGACUGUCUCUUCAAAGUGAUCCCCGUCACAACGAAGUCGCCUGUCAUUACGACGACCACACUGAUGCCAUCCAUUAGCACGGCUCGUCCGAAACCCUUGGAGAAGCCAGGCCAGUGCGUAGCAUGGUCACAGGACAACUACAGGACCUUCGAUGGCUUUCACUACACCUUCGCUGCCUCGUGUCCCACUUAUCUCUUGGCCGGGGACUGCAAGUUCAAUACCUUCAGCGUUAACGUUCUUAAUGAUAAGGACUGCGGACCAAGUAGGUCUUGCAAGAGGGAAGUGGACAUCUGGAUGGGCACCAACAAACUCGCCUUACGAAAGGCUGCCGAUGGUCCCCACGUGACCUACAAUGAUGAACUCCUGGUCCUCCCACAGAAUAAACAUGGUAUCAUCUCUGAGAGGAUUGCGUCCUAUGUCUAUAUCCGAACCGCCCUCGGUUUCACCUUGAGGUGGGAUGGCAAUGAUGCGAUCUAUGUGGACGUGGAUGAAAGUCUGAAGGAUCACAUGUGCGGUCUUUGUGGAAACUUCAACGGCAACCGAUCGGACGAGUUUGAGACGAGUAAGGGGAAGCUGACCACGUCCGUCGACGUUUUCGGGGAUAGUUACAAGAGGAUCACCUAUGACCAAAAGUGUGAUCUGAAGGAGAAGCCCGACACGUGUCCUCUGCAGCACCAGAAGGACCAUGCGAGGAAAAUCUGCGAGGUUCUCAACUCGGCAGUGUUCGCGUCUUGCCAUGCUUCCGUGGACCCGAAACCUUACAUCACUGCCUGUGAACACGACUAUUGCACAUGCGACAACAGCAAGCUCCAAAACUGCGAAUGCAACACGUUGGAGACCUACGCCAGGGCCUGUUUGAGAGUCCACGUGAAGCUUGACUGGAGAACAAGGGACAGAUGUGGUAUGAGCUGCCCCUACGGCAUGGUCUAUAAGGAAUGUGGCGGCUCCUGCCCUAAGACGUGUCAGGACAAAUUCUACAAUUGUUUGGAUGACCAUUGUGUGGACGGGUGCCACUGCCCAGAAGGCAAGAAGCUGAACCAUGGGCAGUGCGUGGCGGAAAACAUGUGCCCUUGUAUUCAUCAGAGUCAGACGCAUUUGCCAGGGUCUUUGAUAAGGAAGGAUUGCAAUACAUGCCGCUGCCAAUCAGGCAAAUGGGACUGCACAACAGCUCAAUGUGAAGGUAUCUGCCUCGUCGCCGGUGAUCCGCACUUCCUCACUUUCGACGGUAAACGCUACGACUUCAUGGGCGACUGCUCUUACUACCUGGUCUAUGAGAAAAACUACAAGAUCAUUGCAAACAAUGAGAAGUGUGGAGUGGGAAGGAGCUCAUGUGUCAGGUCUGUCACCAUCAUUUCGGGAGGGACGACUAUUGAGAUGAAGCAGGAUAAGUUUAUCUAUGUCGAUGGCCAGGAGGUGAAGAGUCUACCGUUUCAGAAGAACAACAACACCGUGUUCUCUGCCUCUUCCAUUUUCGUUAAGGUUCUUCUGGCAAAUGGCCUCCGUGUCGCUUGGGAUAGUCGGACCCGUGUCUACGUCUACGCACCACCGAAGUUCAUUGGCAAGACCAUGGGUCUUUGCGGUACCUUUGACAACAACCAACGAAACGACUUCCUGACCUUGGAAGGUGAUAUAGAGGUGAAUGCGGAGGCUUUUGCUAAUAAGUGGAAGGUUGAUCCGCAUUGCAAGGAUGUGACUGAUGGAGAUAAGGAACCGUGUGAUAAGUACCCACAGAAGAAGGUCGAGGCGCUGAAUAAGUGUGCCAUCCUCAAAGGACCACUUUACAAAGCCUGCCACAUCCAUGUUGAUGUCAGUGACUACUACAAGGCCUGCAUGUUUGACAUGUGCGAGUGCCAGAGGGACAUAUCCAGGUGCAUGUGUCCAUCCCUUGGCACUUACGCUGAUGAUUGUGCCAAGAAGGGGAUACUCGUCAGUUGGAGGCCUGCUGUGAAGGAAUGCGCUGUUACCUGUACUGGGGGCCAAACCUACCAAGUCUGUGGUAAUGGCUGCGGUCGGUCUUGCCGUGACCACUCCCUUGGCCUCUCUUGCUUUGGCUCCUGCGUUGAGGGAUGUAACUGUCCUGCAGGGAAAACCCUGAACGAUGACGGUCUUUGCAUACCGACUGAUCAGUGCAAGUGUCAGUUCGAUGGCAGGGAGUUUGAUCAGGGUUUCUUGGCGAAGAUUGCAAAUCAGUCUUGCGAAUGCGAGGAAGCCCAAUGGAAGUGUGGCCCUAUCCGACCAAACUGCACCGACGUUUGUCCCGCGAACAUGGAGUUUGCUACCUGCCAUCCCGAGUGUCCUUUGACCUGCUCACGUAACAGUACUGAGCUGUGUGGAACGACCUGUGUCCCUGGCUGUGUGUGCAAGAAGGGUUUCGUCCUGGACGGGAACCGGUGCAUCAGGGAGACUACAUGUCCUUGUCAUCACGAUGGGAAAGAUUAUAGCGAGGGUCAGACGAUAAAUAGGGAUUGUAAUACAUGUACAUGUCGAUCACGUCAGUGGGUGUGCAGCCAAGAGGACUGCCCAGGCAUAUGUUCAGUCUAUGGCGAAUCACAUUACACCUCAUUCGACGGCAAGAUGUUUGAAUUCCAAGGCGCUUGUGAAUACUUCUUGGCCAUCAGCACCAAGGACAGCAAACACCGGUUUGCAAUUACUGCGGAGAAUGUCCCAUGUGGAACGACCGGUGUGACUUGUACGAAAUCAAUCAAGCUUGACUUUGGCGAGAGAGGCACGGACUACCAUAUCAGCAUUCACCUCGUGCGAGGGAAGAACCCUGGCCAGUCCUUGCACACCUCCAAGGGGACCACAAUUAUCGUAGAGGAGGUCGGCCUCUUCACCAUCAUCAGUACAGACUUCGGCUUGAGGGUCAUGUGGGACAGAGGAACUCGACUGUACAUCAAGCUGAGCUCGGAACACAAGGGCAAGGUGCAUGGCCUGUGUGGUAACUUCAACGGUGACCAACAGGAUGACUUCCUUCCACCACAGGGUGGAUUCCCUCUGGCUCUGGCCACUGAGUUCGGAGAUAGCUGGACGGUGCAACCAUAUUGUCCCAACUCCACAAUCAUCAAGGAUACAUGUGCGAAGAAACCAGAGCGGGAACCCUGGGCCAAGGAGAAGUGUGGAGUUCUUCUGACCCUCUUCCAACCUUGUCACGCUGCUGUACCCUAUAGACCAUACUAUGAUAACUGUGUGUUUGACUCGUGUGCUUGUGACACUGGUGGUGACUGCGAAUGCUUGUGUACUGCUAUUGCUGCAUAUGGCAUGGAGUGUUCGAUGAAAGGCGUGGUUAUCCCUUGGAGGUCACAGGAACUCUGCCCGAUCCAAUGCGAGGAGUGCGAGCGCUACAACCCGUGCAUGAGCCAAUGCCCCAAGAAGACCUGCGACAACCGCGAAGUCUUUGGCAUCUUGAGCGCUGAUUGCAAGGACGAGCCAUGUGUUGAAGGUUGUGACAUUCCGUGUGAGCCUGGCCAGAUUGUCUUCAACGACACAAAACCUUGGACGUGUAUAUCUGAGGCCACGUGUGGCUGUGUUAUUAAUGGGUACCAUUACACGGAUGGAGAGAGGGUCAAAGAUCCCUCGGUGUGUGAUCCUUGUCAAGUAUGUUUCUGCCACAAGAACAAGAUCUCCAUCAACGGCCAGCCGUGUACCACCACCACAAAGGCAACUACGACAACCACAACAAUCACAACCACACCUCCCCCGACUCCUCACCCACCACUUUGUGACAAGACAGGCUGGACUCCUUGGAUGAGCUCUGUCAUCCCUUCAACCACAAACCUUGGCGACGUCGAGAGCUACGACAACCUCCGUAUGGUUUACCAGUUCUGCAACCGGUCUCAGAUUUACAACAUCCAAUGCAAGCAGCAAGGCCAGAAGCUGGGGACAACUGAUCAUCACGCCACCAAGUGUACCAUUGCGGAUGGCUUUUCAUGUUACAACUCAGCACAAAAGCAUCCUCCGUGUCCCAACUAUGAAGUGAGGUUCUUCUGCCAGUGUGAAGUCACUACUACCGCAACUCCUAAACCAACUUCUACUACUACUUCUACAACUACAACUACUACUAUUAUCACAACUGCGAGCACCACAACCACAACACCAACAGUAACCACCACAACGAAAGCGCCAUCUACGACAACAACUGGUCCUCCUACCACAACCACCACUCCAAAACCUUGCGACUUCUGGUCAAACUUUAUCAACCGAUACCAAAGAAUCAAUGGAACCGGCGACUACGAAAGCUUCACCGCUGCUGAAAAGAAAGCUUUCUGUUCUAAGGGUUACAUUACCCACAUCAACUGCAGAGGCGUGUCUCCAAUAAAUGGUUUGGUAAACUUUAAGGAAACAGGCCAGAUAGUGACAUGUGACCUGGAUAAGGGGCUUGUGUGCCGCAAUGCAGAUAAUGUCCAACCAUGUUUUGACUAUAGGAUCAGCUACUUCUGUUCUUGCACAGAACUAUCAACUACUCUGCCUCCACCACCAACAACAACUUCGACUACAGCUCCGACCACUACUACAACUACUACUCCAUCUACCACCACUACAACACCAUCUACCACCACUACAACACCAUCUACCACCACUACAACACCAUCUACAACUACUACCACUACAGCACCAACUACUACCACUAUCGGCGCUCCAGUGUGUAUCCCAGGAUGGACAAAGAAAUUCAACACCAACUUCCCGUCGAAGGAAUCGGGUGGUGAUUUCGAGUUGAUCGACGAGAUUGAAGAAAUCAAGAAGUAUUGCUCUAAAGACCAGAUCACUGACAUUGGCUGCAACAUGAUCGGAUUCAAGGGAGCUGUAGGUCAGACUAUCCGCUGUGACAAGGAUUAUGGUCUUGCUUGCCGUGACGAAGACCAAGCAUUUGGAAACAGGUGUGGUGAUUAUGAAAUACGUGUGAAAUGUAGCUGCGGUGAAACUACUACUCCAAAACCAACGACCACUACUACAACUACCACCACACCAUCUACAACUACGACUGCACCACCUAUUACAACUACCACCACGCCAACUACGCCUACAACUACCACCACGCCAUCUAUAUCUACGACCACGCCAUCUACAACUACCACGACACCAUCUACAACUACCACCACGCCAUCUACAACUACCACUCCAUCUACCACCACUACAUCACCAUCUACGACAACUACAACUACAGCACCAACUACCACCACUACAGCACCAACUACUACCACUAUUGGCGCUCCAGUGUGUAUCCCAGGAUGGACAAAGAAGUUUAACACCAACUUCCCGUCGAAGGAAUCGGGUGGUGAUUUCGAGUUGAUCGACGAGAUUGAAGAUAUCAAGAGGUAUUGCUCUAAAGACCAGAUCACUGACAUUAGCUGCAACGUGAUCGGGUUCAAGGGAGCUGUAGGUCAGACUAUCCGCUGUGACAAGGAUUAUGGUCUUGCUUGUCGUGACGAGGACCAAGCAGUUGGAAACAAGUGUGGCGAUUAUGAAAUACGUGUGAAAUGUAGCUGCGGUGAAACUACUACUCCAAAACCAACUACCACCACACCAUCUACAACUACGACUACGCCAUCUACAACUACGACUACGCCAUCUAUCACAACUACCACCACGCCAUCUACAACUACCACCACGCCAUCUACAACUACCACUACACCAUCUACAACUACCACUACACCAUCUACAACUACCACCACGCCAUCUACAACUACCACUACACCAUCUACAACUACCACUACACCAUCUACAACUACCACUACACCAUCUACAACUACCACCACGCCAUCUACAACUACCACUACACCAUCUACAACUACCACCACACCAUCUACGACUACAACCACGCCAUCUACAACUACGACUACGCCAUCUAUCACAACUACCACCACGCCAUCUACAACUACCACCACGCCAUCUACAACUACCACUACACCAUCUACAACUACCACUACACCAUCUACAACUACCACUACACCAUCUACAACUACCACAACGCCAACUACGUCUGCAACUGCCACCACGCCAUCUCCGACCUCAACUACCACGCCAUCUAUAACGACAACUACCACUACGCCAUCUACAACUACCACAACGCCAUCUACAACUACCACCACGCCAUCUACAACUACCACCACAUCAACUACAACUACCACCACACCAACUACAACUACCACUACAUCCACCUCAACUGCAACUCCUGUGUGUAUCCAGGGAUGGACGAAGAAGUUCAACUCACAUAUGCCAUCUAGGGAAACGGGCGGAGACUUUGAGCUGAUUAAUAGUAUAGAUGAGAUCAAGAACUAUUGUCCAUUGGAAAAGAUUACUUCGAUCAGAUGUAAUGUGGUUGGAGGGAAGGAACUUUUUAGACAGGCUAUCACUUGCACCAAAGAGCUCGGCCUUGAGUGUUUUGAUGCCGACCAGCCAGGAAGUCAAUCGUGUCACGAUUAUGAAAUACAGGUCAACUGUGAUUGCGGCGAAAGACCACCAACAAUCACAACCUCCACAACAACGCCAUACCCCACACCUCCUAAACCUCCGAGCACCCCAACAAUCCCACCCACCACACAGCACAAGCUGCCCUGCGACAAACAUGGCUGGACGAAGUGGAUGAGCAUUGGCGACCCGACGAAGGAACCAGGAGACUUCGAAAAUCUCGACGAUCUCGUCAUGAUAUACAGGUCAUGUGGCAAGGAAGACGUCACGGCUGUUCAGUGUCGAACAGUUUUUAAUGGCACGGAUUACAAGUAUUCCGGGGACGAGGGUGUAACCUGUGACAAUGUGACUGGUUUAACUUGUUUGAAUUCUCAGCAGUCAGGGGGACGAUGUCAAGACUACGAGGUCAGCAUUUUCUGCGAUUGUGAAACAAGAAUCCCACAAUGUCCGGAGCCUCUGACCAAUGAAGUGGAGGUUGCCGACGACCGCCAGCUCAGUGCAUCGAGCAUGUAUAAUGGGGAUCCCCGUCACGGUCCAAACAGAGCUAGGCUCUCCAGCGAUAAGGACGAGAAUGGGUUUGGUGCGUGGACAGCGGAUGGAAAUGACCAGACCCCAUGGAUACAGAUUGAUCUUCUGGAGCCCAUUGAAAUCUACUUCAUCAUCACGAAAGGCCGGCCCAAUGCUCCCCACCAGUGGGUGACCAAAUACCAGAUCUCCUCCAGUGAUGACAACUGCGAGAAUCAUCAGUUCCUGAUGGCUGCUGAUAGGAAACCACUGGUAUUUGAAGGCAACAGUGACACAAACACCCCAGUAAGGCACACCCUUGCAGUCCCAAUCAAGACCCGCUGUCUGAGGCUUCAUCCGAUCAAGGCAUUCGGCGCCUUCAGUUUGAGAUUCGAUGUUCUAACUUGUCACCCGAAAGUGACAACAACGCCCAAACCGACACCACCAUUGAAAACAACGACAACACAAGCUACAACAACCACGACAGCUCUCGUCACACCCUAUCCACCCAAAUGUAUCGUGACUGGCUGGACGACAUGGAUGAACACAGCCUCAAAAACAGAUGGCGACUACGAGACCAUCAGCAACCUGAGAUUCCACUAUCAGUUCUGUGAAUUCCCCACAACAAUAGAAUGCAGAGUGAAAGACACGAAAACAUCCUACAUUGAGGCUGAUCAGAGGGGAGUGACUUGUGAUGUCAAUAGGGGCUUGGUGUGCGAGGAUGCCCUGCAGAAUCGUACCACCUGUUUGGAUUAUGAAGUCAGACUGUGGUGUCAGUGUGAGCCGACAACAACUACCACACCAACGACAACAACUACCUCGCCAACUACCACAACUACGCCAACUACCACAACCACGCCAACUACCACAACUACACCAACUACCACAACUACACCAACUACCACAACCUCGCCAACUACCACAACCUCGCCAACUACCACAACCACGCCAACUACCACAACCACGCCAACUACCACCACCACGCCAACUACCACUACCACGCCAACUACAACCACCACGCCAACUACAACUACCACGCCAACUACAACUACCACGCCAACUACAACUACCACGCCAACUACUACCACAACUACAGCACCGACUACCACAACUCCACUUGUACCAAAGUGCGACAUCUGGACACCAAGGUUUAACAACAUCAAGCGUUCGAUUUCUUCUGGCGAUUUUGAAUACAGGGACUGGACGCAGUUGCAGUCAUAUUGUUCCGGAUUUAUAUCCAAGAUUCAAUGUCAAACAAUAGUUAACGGUCGCCUGCUUAACUAUGAUGAAACUGACCAGAACGUCACAUGUACUUUAAAGGAUGGCUUGAGAUGUUACAACGACCAGAAUUAUGAUACUCCUAAUAUUCACGGCUGCUACGAUUACUUCAUCCGUUAUUAUUGUCAAUGUCCAACCACUGCGGCGCCCACGACAACAACUACAACAGCUCCAACAACAACAACAACAACUCCGUCAACAACAACAACUACUACAACUCCGUCAACAACAACUACUACAACACCGUCAACAACAACAACAACAUCAACAACUCCGUCGACGACAUUAACAACUACGACUACAACUCCUUCAACAACAACCACAACUCCUGGGCCUACCAUUCCACCUUGUGAUGAGAUUAUUGGUGUAAGUAACCCAGCGAUGGUCCCGGACAGUCAGUUCACCGCCUCCUCCUCACGCGACGACCAGCACAAGCCAUUCAUGGGUCGACUCUUCGCUUCGAAUUCAUGGAUUCCGAGGUUUACACAAGAGGAAGAAUGGAUCAAGGUGGAUCUUGGCGCGCGCACCUUGCUCUCCGGCAUCAUCACCCAGGGCAACACGGAGAGGAACACAUGGGUGAAGAAGUACUACGUCUCCUAUGGCCAAAGCUCUAGCUUCAUGCAGAGGUACAAGGAGAAUGGCCUGCCUGUCCUAUUCACUGCAAACACUGAUGCUGACACGCCAGUCAAAGUGUUCUUCUCACGGAAUAUCACUGCAAGGUUUAUCAAGAUCCAGCCUAUUGAGUGGCACAACAACAUCGGAUUGCGAUUUGAUCUUCUGGGCUGUGCUCCACUUACCACUCCAGCUCCCACAACCACCACGACCACCACCACCACCACCACACCAACAACUACCCCUUGCAUCAAGUGGACCCAAUGGCUGAGUUCGGCGACCCCAGACGCCAGCGGAGAGCUAGAGUUCUUAGACUUGGCAAGACUUCACCACGACUUCUGUCCAAAUGAUGCAAUAAUUGAUCUCGAAUGCAGACGGACGGAUGGUUUGCCGGAAGAAGCGUCUAGCCUCUGUGACAAGGCGAUUGGAGAAUCUGGUGGUUACAUCUGCUUGAAUGAGAACCAAAGGCCAAAUGUGACCUGCUCGGAUCAUGAGAUCAGAAUUGGCUGUCCGUGUGUGUCCACAACUCCGGCAAGAACAACAACGACAGCUCCGUCAACAACAACGACUACAACUCCGCCGUCAACAACAACUACUACCACAGCUCCGACAACAACAACUACGACAACUCCAUCAACAACAACUACUACUACAGCCCCGUCAACAACUACUACUACAGCCCCGUCAACAACUACUACGACAACUCCGUCAACAACUACUACGACAGCUCCGUCAACAACAACAACAACGACAACUCCGUCAACAACAACUACUACGACAACUCCGUCAACAACUACUACUACUACAGCCCCGUCAACAACUACUACGACAACUCCGUCAACAACUACUACGACAACUCCGUCAACAACAACAACAACGACAACUCCGUCAACAACAACUACUACGACAACUCCGUCAACAACAACUACUCCUAAAGCUCCGUCAACAACUACCACAACGACUGCUACUACUACUACUACAGCUCCACCAGCUCCACCAAAUACAACCACCACUCGGGUGUGUCCUCCUGGCGAAACUUGGUCCAACUGUGCUUACAAGUGUAGUGACCUCUGCAACUAUCAGAGGGGCAAGCUGGAGAAUAUAGGUCUGUGUGAGAAGAACACGGACACGUGUAUCCAGGGCUGCACGAAGGAGAAGUGUCCCCCUGGCGAGUUGUACAUUAACGACAAGGGAGACUGUGUCAAGAGGGAGGCGUGUAAUUGUAUUGAUGCGAACGGCAAUGAGAAGGUGACCGGCGAAGCAUGGGCCAAAGGGCCUUGCACAUCCUGCUACUGCUUCAACAGCACCGUGUCAUGCUACACCGACGUUGAUUGCACCAGCACGACACCGGUACCAGUGAAGGUCCAGCCGAACUGUACAUGGACUGACUGGAUGAACGUGGAUGAUCCCAACGACCCCGGUAGCAUUGGUGAUCUUGAGACCCUCGACAAACUCCGUAAGACGAACGUGUUCUGCGACAACCCCACGGAGAUCAAGUGUGCAGAGGCGACGACUUCUACCAACUACGCCCUCCUCGGCCAGGUUGAUACGUGCAGAGUUGACAAGGGCUUCAUCUGUUACAAUUCGGACAACCCUGCAACAGGUUGCAACGACUACAAGGUCAAGUUCUACUGCCCUUGUGGAACUACGGUUAAACCAAAUGAACCAGACCGCAAUACGACAACUCCGAAAACGACCCAACCAUCAACAACCACUGCUACAACAUCUACAACAACGACAACAACAACCACAACUACAGCGUCAACCAGCACGACACUUCCACCAUUGGUGGCGUGCCCCCACGUCAACAACACGGACAAGUGCCCGGCGUUCUGCCCUCCGAGGCAGCUCUGUAACGGCGUCAAGUGCGUGUACCCAAGCCAAUGCCCUUGCUACAUUGAUGGCAAGAUCAAGUACCCUGGCGAUAUGACUGAGACGGACGACUGUAAAAUCUGCUCGUGCUUCAACCGGACUGAGCAUUGUUACCCGAAGUCCUGCCCGACGUGUAGGACGGGUACGAAAGAAGUCCCGUUCACUCACGGGAAUUGUGAAUGCAAGUGUGAGGUAAUCACAACAACCCGUCAACCUACCACGACAACACAAUCAACGACGACUACACCACCAGAUCCAUGCCUCAAGUACAACUGCACCAUACCAGUGGUACCAGAACUCAAGCCUGGAGAGAGCGUGCAUCUGGUGCCUAUCCCCAACACUGAAAAAUGCUGCCUUAAAUACGAAGUCACAUGUAACACGGUGAAGUGUCCAAAGUUUCAGCUGAACUGUACUUUGCCGAAGAGAGCAGAGAAACAGGGCCUUGGAGACUGUUGUCCACGAUUAGAAUGCGUAUGCCCACCUCCAACUGAGUGUGAAAUUACCGUCCAACCAGCUUGCCCUCUGGGCUUCGAGAGUCACUCGUUCAUGGACGAAUGUGGAUGUGUUCAUUACAAGAACUGCACGCGUGUGCCGGACAUCUGUGUCUACACAUCUAAGGUCGAUGGAAAGGUCGUGACCUACAAGCCCGACUCGAAAUGGUCUGACGGGAAGUGUAGGACAUGUGAAUGUAAAGAGGCUACAGCGAAUUCAAACUACUUUGAGGCGGAGUGCGAGGUUCAGACCUGUCCUCCAAUACCAGAUGACCAUGACUACGUGAUGCCGGUCAAUCCGAAUGUCUGUUGUCCGCCAACCGUCAAGACCAGGUGUAAGAUCCAGAAGAACGCUACAUACGAAAUUACACUCAAUGUGAACGAAACCUACCACAACCCAUCCGAACCAUGCGUCCUCCACAAAUGCGUCGCUGGGUCAGGCAACACUCAUGACGUGGUCUUGGUUAGCACCAACUCCUACUGUUGUUCUUUCAACGGAACCCAGAAGAAGCCUGGUGAGACGUGGACGCAUAUCACGAGCCCCUGCAGUCUCUUCCAAUGUGUUCGAGGUGACGAAACCGAUGAUAUGGCAUACAUUACGACAAAAGACAGCCUGUGCUGUGAGGUGAAUGGAGUCAAAUACACGUCUGGCCAGAAGGUCCCAACCACCCUGAAGUGUUACGAGGCUGUGUGUCGCGUGUUGAACGGAGCAGCCAGUUUGGUGGAGUCGACCAUCUCCUGCAUCCCGACAACUACAAUCUGUAAGGCGAAUGAGAGUCAAUUAGAUGCUACUGGAUGCUGCAGCAAAUGUGUACCACCCGGAACUAAUAGCAAGGUCUGCAACAAUACGUGCCAAGCCAGUCUCUUCACGGGACAUCCAGUCGAUACGAUCGGUUACUUCAAUGUCAAGGAUCCAGUUCGCGGUGUUUGUAGAAAUCUGGAACCGGUCUCUACCUUCGAUUUGAAGAAAUGCAUAGGGAGCUGUGGCUCAACCUCGGUAAUCGCUGGAGACCAUAACCGCUACUCUAACCAGUGCGACUGUUGCCAGGCGUCAACAUCCGAACAGAAGGAGGUGAAGCUCACGUGUGCCAAUGGAGCCACCCUCAAGUGGGUUUACAACACACCAACGGAUUGCGGCUGCUCCAAAUGUACUGGUGGGACGACGCAGCGAAAGAAGAGAUAUAGUAAUCAUAACUAACUGAUGCGAUAAAUGCUUUAAUAUAUACUUUAAUGAUUUGCAAGAAGCACACUGACCAUUGAAAAUGGAAAGACGCCAUGAAACGGGACGUAUUGUCUUCGUGGAAUUUAAUCUAAUGUAUUUUGUUGGUUCAAAUGUUGCCAGUAUAUUGGCAAAGGCUCAUCGGAGGAUUUGCUGUGUUAUGUUCUUGCGGUUUUUAUAUCAAUAUCAUGGCGUCUUCCCAGUUUGACUUUAAAGAAAGGUCAAGAUAUUUACAAUAAGUUUACCCCAACAUGUACAAUUUGGUCAGUGUGUGAAUAGAGGUCGGGGCAUUUGAUGCCCGGGAUAGAUCAGAAUCACAUCUUUAUCUAUCAUGUGAAACAGCUUUGUGGUCAGGCAGGUCAGCCCCAGGACAAUAAUCUUCUGUUCUUUCAUCUUCUGAUACUUUGUGAUCUUGUUAUAAAACAACUCGGCCAAAUGGAUGAGUCCUGGAGCAAAAUGUCCACAUUAUAUUCAGCAGACAUUGUGCUAACUAUUCUGUUAUUGAUUAUAUAUGAUAUGCUUUGUGUUUGUCGGUAGUCAUCCUGAUAGUUAGAGUAUUGACUUCAUUCAGUUAAACGAUUACAUUUAUUGAAUUAUGUGAGAUGUCCCAUCUGUUGACGAAAGACUACUUGUCUAAUUUAGAUAUUGAAGGAAUUAUGCUGAAUUAUUGAUUUAAUACAUUGAUAUGAUGACCGCAAGGUACAUCUUACUGGGAAACUAGGUCAAUGUCUUACACUAUGAUUCGAAAAUGUUUAGGAUGAAUAUAUGAAUGUGAUAUUGUAAUGUAAUUAUGUAAAUGAUUGAAAACAUGUGAUAAUUUGUUUGCCUGACAGCUGUUGGUCCAUUGACUGUACUCCCCAUUAGAAGGCAGCGCUAGACUGUGACUGUGACGUCUAACUUGACGUCGAAUAGUUCCAUUACAGAGCAUUUCAUUUUACAUAACAAGUAAACCAUUGUGAAGAUUGGCCUGUUAUUACAUCCUUUAGUCGCCUUUGAAAUGCACGAUUCAUUAUGAUACAGUGUCAGCUAGGUACUGCUUCCAAACGGGAGGAACAAUCUAUUUUGGCAACCCGUCAAAAAGCGCUAACACACUAACAGGCUGAAGGUGCAGGUGAAUAUAUCGUGGUCAAAUUGAUCAAUCUAUAUGCUGCUGUCCUUUUACUAAUUAGCAAAUUAUAAACGGUGUCUCAGGGAACUAAUUUAACUGGAACAACCUGUAAAACUCUUCGAUUUUUCCCGAUGGUUUGGUGAAGGAAGAACACCCUACAUACAUGGCAGUCUGUAUGCUAUGUAGGCCCCUGUCCUUAAAUUGUGAUCAUAUCAUGUACAUACACUAUACGUAUAGAAGGUGUUAGCAUAUAUUAAGGUAAAGCUUGGUCUAUAUUAUACUGGCAUAGUUUGACUGAAUUUCAAUGUCAACCACCCAUGGUUUCAUUGCGUGUUUUUUAAUAGGCAUCUUUCAAAGGCCCUGGACAGCAAUUUACAUCUUGACUUUGAACGAAAAUAGCUACCGCACGAUAGGCAUGGCCAUUCUAACACCAUAAUUACGAUCAGGUCAUGAUGUAAACAAGCGUGUCCUGAGCCUUUACGUGCUCAAGACAGCAGUAAAUGGUCCGUUGUAUGAGCCAUUUGUUGCAUUCUUAGGAGUUAUAUGUCUGGUUCUGUUUUAAACACGAAUACCAUUCAAUUCUUAUGAUACUUGAUCAACUAAUAAAAGAAUUGUGUUCUAGUA